UUUUAUAUAUAAAUUAACUUUCUUCACACCAUUCCACCACUGUCACACAAAAACACUCUCUGCACCUUCUCUUUGUUCUUCACACCUCUCGUUUUCAUAACCUCCAAAAAAAUCAAAUUUCACCCCUUCUUCUCUUUGUUCUGUCACUCUUGCUUUGUUUCUUUGUCCCAAUCUUGUUUAUCAUAGAAUCUUCACUAUUCGUGCUCCUCACUUUAAUGUAACUGCAAGUUCAUUUUCUUUGUUUUGCUUCAAAUUGCUGUUGUUCCUUUUUGAAGUCUCUUUGCAGAAAGAUGUAAUUUUGAUUUUAGAUUAAAGUACCCUUUUGCUUUUCAAUUAAUGUCUGAAUCCUCAAAAGUGUUCUAAACGAAUCCCAACAUGGAAUCUCGUUAAUCUAGCUGCAUCUUUGAAUGUUCUGUUCUGUUUAAGAAUAUUCUUCUUAGAGCUUUUAUACUAUAGAAAAUGCAGGUUGUGAUUAUGGGUUUUCGUUAAUUUUAUUGUAUUGCCCUCCAUAGCUAUACAUUCAAAAACGUAUAUUUGAUUAACUUCACUUUGAAUUUGAGUGUGUGUUUGAGUGUGAAAGUGUAACAUGUAACUUGUUUCUAGGUGUAAAUUUUGUCUCUUUUGAUAGCAUAUGGAGGGUUUUUAUUGUAUUCUAGAAGAAGGGUAGUUUUGGAUCUUGGUUUUGUUAUGGUUGAGUGUUAGUUUUUGAGGACAGUUUCUCACUCAACUCUUCUUGUGAAGUGUUUGUUUGACUCUCUCUGAGUUUCUGUUGGAUAUGUAAUUCAAGUGCUUUUUGUCCAAUUACACAAUACAAUAUAUGCAAAAGUUCAUAAAUUCUUUGAAAUGUAAAUUCUUUUUUCUGGAUUCAUUCAUUCAUUUUCUUCACUAUGAGCCUGGUGGGCUCAACAAUCAACAAAUAACUACACCUUCUAGCUUUUCUGUUUAGGAUGAUGUUAUGUAGAAUUCUCCUCUCCCUGCCCGGAGUUAUGUUUUAUUUUCGCGUAUCAGGCUUUAAUUAAGUACUGUUUUACCUCUAGAGCUCUCUUGAAUUGAGUCUGAAAUAAGCCUCUUCCAAUUGCAUAUUUUUCAUCUUCUUUAUUUUUGAGAUUCAAUAUUAGUUCCUUGGUAUUCAAAGACUUUCAUGGAAGAAACAUUUGUUCCUUUUCGCGGGAUUAAGAAUGACUUCAAAGCAAGAAUUAUGUGCUACAAACAAGAUUGGACUAGUGGAUUCCGCGCAGGUGCAAGGAUCCUUGCACCAACUACAUACAUAUUUUUUGCUUCUGCAAUUCCUGUUAUUUCUUUUGGGGAGCAACUCGAGAGAAGUACCGAUGGAACUCUCACUGCUGUGCAGACUCUUGCAUCAACUGCACUAUGCGGUAUUGUCCACUCGGUUAUUGGAGGGCAACCUCUCCUCAUACUAGGUGUAGCCGAGCCAACGGUUCUGAUGUAUACAUUCAUGUACAAUUUUGCAAAAGAUCGCGAGGAUUUAGGACACAAAUUGUUCUUGCCUUGGACUGGAUGGGUGUGCGUUUGGACUGCACUGUUGCUGUUCUUGCUGGCUAUUCUCGGUGCAUGCUCCAUAAUCAACCGGUUCACGCGCCUUACCGGUGAACUAUUUGGUCUGUUAAUUGCAAUGCUCUUUAUGCAGCAGGCUAUAAAGGGACUUGUGGAAGAGUUUGGUGUACCAAAGACACAGACAGAAGGUACCAAUCAGAUUGCACUCCAAUCCUCUUGGCUGUUUGGCAAUGGCAUGUUUGCUUUAGUUUUAUCGUUCGGCCUUCUUUUUACUGGUCUUGGAAGCCGCAAGGCUAGAUCCUGGCGUUACGGGACAGGUUGGCUACGAGGAUUUAUAGCUGAUUACGGUGUCCCCUUAAUGAUUCUCGUAUGGACUGCUGUAUCUUACAUACCUGUCAACAAGGUCCCGAGGGGAGUCCCAAGGCGACUUUUCAGUCCAAAUCCAUGGUCUCCUGGUGCAUACUCAAAUUGGACUGUUGUAAAGGAAAUGUUGAAUGUGCCUAUAUUGUACAUUAUCGGAGCAUUUAUACCAGCGACUAUGAUUGCCGUGCUUUACUACUUUGAUCACAGUGUUGCAUCACAACUCGCGCAGCAAAAGGAGUUCAAUCUAAGAAAACCUUCGUCUUAUCACUAUGACUUACUACUCUUGGGAUUUUUGACCUUAUUCUGUGGGCUUAUUGGAAUCCCUCCUUCCAACGGCGUGAUUCCGCAAUCUCCAAUGCAUACCAAGAGCUUAGCUACUCUAAAACAUCAGAUUUUACGGCAUAAGCUUGUCUCUACUGCACGAACGAGCAUGGAGAAAAACAUGAACUUGAGUCAGUUUUACGAAAGUAUGAAAGAAGCAUAUGACGUUAUGCAGACACCAUUGGUUUCCCAAAUGCCACCCACCUUGGGGCUUAAAGAGUUGAAGGAGUCUACCGUCGCACUGGCUUCAAGUCAUGGAUACAUUGAUGCUCCUGUUGAUGAAAUCGUCUUUGAUGUGAAUAAGGAUGUUGAUGACCUUAUGCCAGUUGAAGUUAAAGAGCAGCGCCUCAGCAAUCUACUGCAGGCAUCGAUGGUUGCGGCUUGUGUUGCUGCUAUGCCUCUUUUGAAGAAGAUACCAACUUCAGUGCUUUGGGGUUACUUUGCCUUCAUGGCAAUUGAAAGCUUGCCGGGAAAUCAAUUUUGGGAGAGAAUAUUGUACCUUUUCACUGCUCCAAGUCGAAGAUACAAACUGCUGGAGGAACACCAUGCCACUUUUGUUGAGACUGUGCCUUUGAAAGCAAUUGCUCUGUUUACUCUGUUCCAGACAGCUUACUUGCUUCUCUGCUUUGGCAUAACCUGGAUACCAAUCGCCGGGGUCCUCUUCCCGUUAUUAAUCAUGCUUCUGGUCCCGGUUCGGCAAUAUUUUCUUCCCCAUUUUUUUAAAGGACCCCAUCUUCAAGAGUUGGAUGCGGCAUCAUACGAAGAAGCACCUGCCAUUGCUUUCAACAUGUCCUUUGAUGAUCUAAGUAACCAUGGAACGACAGUGAAUGUCAGUGGUGGAGAAAUUCUUGAUGAGAUUAUCACGAGGAGUCGCGGAGAGAUACGUCGCACUCAAAGCUCUAAAGCAUCUAGUUCAACUGCAACACCAAUAGGAGGAGAUAUAAGACCUGCUAAUAGCCCGCAAAUAUCACGAAUGAUUCCUAGCCCUCGAGUAACCGCAUUGAGAGGGGAAAGCAGCAGUAGUGUAGGAUCAAACGGAAAGGAGUUAAAGUUAAAGCAAAUUCCUUGAAAAAUAUCCAAAUGAUUCAACUUCAAAGCUAAAAUGUAUCUGUAACAGAUUAUAGUAGUACCAAGUGAUGCUCUAUAGGUUGUGUUUUUGACAACAACAAACAAUCGACAUCUUCUUGAUGUCUUAUCGUUUUAAUCCUUACAAUAUAUGAAACGGGCAGGAAUAUUUUCAA